CCAACCAAACAAAAAACAAUUGAAUAGUGAAAACAAAAUCUUAACGUUUUCUGUUUGUCCAUUUUCUGUAUGUCUGUCCUUGCUGUCUUCAGCAAACAGCAGGUCUACCUCAGACCUGAGAGAGAUCACGACUGCUGCUUUUUCUAAUAUUGGUCCUGCACAGGGAACUGUGAAGCGAGGUCCCAGAAAACCCAGUUCAGCACACCAUCCUCAGUUUUCCAGAAUGUUCUGGGAGCCCAUGUGGACAAAUCAGUUAAAUAUUUCUGGCCUGGUAUGGUGACACAUGCAGGUGACAGCAGCAUGGCUGUGCCCCAGACUUUUCCACCAGGGCCUACCCAUGAGCCCUCAGGUGCCCUGACCGAGCCUCUGUCUUGCACUGGAAGCUUGGCUGAGGCUUUCCUGAAAGAGGAGCUCCGGCUCAAUGCUGAGCUGAGCCAGCUGCAGUUUCCAGAGCCUGUGGGUGUCAUCUACAACCCAGUGGACUAUGCUUGGGAGCCACACCAAAACUACGUCACUCGCUACUGCCAAGGCCCCAAGGAAGUGCUCUUUCUGGGCAUGAACCCAGGGCCCUUUGGCAUGGCCCAGACUGGGGUACCUUUUGGGGAAGUGAAUGUGGUCCGGGACUGGUUGGGCAUUGGGGGCCCUGUGCUGACCCCUCCCCAAGAGCAUCCCAAGCGACCAGUGCUGGGACUGGAGUGCCCACAGUCAGAGGUGAGCGGAGCCCGAUUCUGGGGCUUCUUCCGGACCCUCUGUGGACAGCCCCAGGUCUUCUUCCGGCACUGCUUUGUCCACAACCUGUGCCCUCUGCUUUUCUUGGCUCCCAGUGGACGAAACCUCACCCCGGCUGAGCUGCCUGCCAAACAGCGGGAGCAGCUUCUGGCGAUCUGCGACUCGGCCCUCUGCCGGCAGGUGCAGCUGCUAGGGGUGCGGCUGGUAGUGGGAGUUGGGCGGCUGGCCGAGCAGCGGGCGCGAAAAGCCCUGGCAGGGCUGACGCCAGAGGUGCAGGUGGAGGGGCUCCUGCACCCCUCUCCUCGAAGCCCACAGGCCAACAAGGGCUGGGAGGCAGCAGCCAGGGAAAGACUCCAAGAGUUGGGGCUGCUGCCUCUGCUAACGGAAGAAUGCCAGGGCCAGGCCUAGGCCCCCAGUAGAGACCCCAGUCAGCCUUGCACAGCAAGAUGGCUACACACAAGGUUUGCUGCGCUCCCUGAUGCAAGACAGCGCUUUCAGCCUGCUGUGCUGUCCUCUAAUGGCCAGGCAGACGCUGAUCCCAGGGUGGGCAGCUCUCCUGCUGUCUUCCCCUUUCUACAGUGGCCGGUUGUGCAUGGCAUCAGCAGAGGGUGAGCAUUUUCUUGUGAGCCUCUGUGUCUGAGGUUGUAUUUGCAGUUUCGGAGGAAAGGGUUUUUUUGUUGGCACUGCCUUGUGUACACUGGGAAAGCUCUUGAACACUGAUCUACCUCAGCCUUUUAGGCACUAGCUGUACAUAUUAGAGGGGUUCAGUGUGAUGCUUCGACACAUGUAUUCAGUGCACACAGAUGGAGUGCAGCCUCCCCCGUUAUCAGUGCUCCCCGCACUUCCCUUCCCCCAACCAGAGGGUACGCUUUCCAGGAUCUC